AUGACAGCCACAACUGAUAACUUCUAUGGUGGCGGAUGCCUGUAUACAACACCGCCAACACCAUCCCCUACAGCCCACCCUGCUUUUACACAAACGCAGUUAAACGGAUUAAUUCUCUCCUGCGAAUCUUCGUCAUAUUUUAAUUACGCAGUUAAAGAGAGUGCCUCGUGCGCGGGUGUAAGCAAGGUCAUCUCGACCAUUACCUCUAUCUACACUGCUUAUACAGCAUCAGUCGCGUCAGCGCAGUCUGCCGCAGAAGCUUCUGCAUCUGCCUCACGAGCUUCUGCUGCUGUAGCAGCUUCUUCCACAAUACCAGCUCUAACUCCGCUCGAAAGCUGCCAUACUCAAUACAAGGCAGUCUUGGAUAGCUUCGACAUCUACGGUUUUGCCUGGGAUGAGGGUAAGCUUGAUGCUGGUGGCGGUUAUCUUGAUGGUAACGGGCUCCUGACACAACUCCGCGGGUGCUCGGCCAUCACGAAGUGGAAGUUUCAAAAUCUCACGGUGAGCGACACCCAGCCGUAUGAGUGGCAUGCUUCAGGGCAGUCGACGAUUUGGCAGAAGAAUUGUAUUGAACAUGCUAUGCUCUCGGCUGGCGCUCCUUCGGAUUCAUGCAGUGGUUCUGGUUAA